UGUAAAUCCUUGCACAAGGCAUAUUUCAGUGAUGUACAUACUGAACGAAACAUACCAUGCAUAUAUACUGUGUGAUGACCAAGUUCGAAAACGUUCAAGCCAGGAUCAAAGACAUUUCGACAAUGCUGAUGUAUCAUUUAAGACAGUUUUCGUCACUUAACUUUUUCCGAAGAAAAUAACGAAGUGUUUUUCCUUGUUCCAAGAAAUUCAUUUUAAGUGAAUUUAAUUGUUCUAAUUUGUCGUAAGUACUAUUACGUGUGUAGAUGAACAAAUCGGACUUAUCUCACAAAAAGGAAGCGACGAAAUGCGAAAGAUAAAACAAUAAGUAAUUUGUAUACUUCUGAUAAGAAAUGCACUACCUCACACUCACCUGGAAUUGGGAGAAGUGCAUAUAGAUAAUACUGACACAGGAAUAUCGUAGAUAAUACCUCAGACAGAUCAACAGGACUUGCAGUGAUGUUUCGGUUGGUCGUGUUAUUGGCGGGGCUAUUGAUGCUCGUUAGUGGACACUCUCUAUCUGAUUCAGAUACCGGAUGUGACGUUGUAGUUCUCCGUCUAGAAAAUAUGUUGACUGACCUUACAAAGCGCGUCGAUGACCUUGAAAAUCAAAGACAAACAGACAUCAUGGAUAUUUCAGGCGUUAUUCAAGAAAUGGAGGAGAUGAAAGACAAAAAUCGUCGCCUUGAGAGAAAACUAGAUCGUAUUCUCAAAACGAAAUCUGACGGACGGACUCAAACCACUGACUCAACCAAAUAUGAGUCUCAAACCAACUUGCAGUCUGCGAACCUUGAGAGUCAAUCUGACACACGGGUACCAACCCUGGACCAAAAGACUUACGCCAACACUUCGAUCGUGCGAGAUGAAAAUACACAGAGCGACAGCAUUGCUGAGGAGAAAUUAGUAAAACCUGACGACACCAGUACAUCGAAACACCAAGGUCGGAUCAGAAGGAACUCAUCUGCUAUCCUGGCCCCACGUCAAAUGAACCGUGUCGGACCGAGGAACCCCACCGCCUUCUUCACAACGUUAGGCCAUACAUUAACCGAAGUCGCAAGGGAACAGCUGAUUAUCUUUGAAAACGUAAUCGUAAACAAUGGCGGCCAUUAUGACGAGCACUCCGGUGUGUUUACUUGUGAUAUGGAGGGGACCUAUGUGUUUUCUUGGACAAUAUUCGUGAAAGAUGGCAAUUAUAUCUAUAGUGAACUGGUGAGGAACGGGAAUGCCUUUGCCUUUUCAGGUACAGGAGAUCAACACAAUGUUGACGCAUCCAGCACCACUGCUGUUGUAAACCUGAUGCCUGGUGAUAAAGUUUGGACCAGGGUAGUGACAAGAACAGUUGGAGCAGAUAUCUUCGCAUCUAAAUCAUCGUUUUGUGGUUUCAAGAUAUGAUAUCCUGUAAGAUGAUUUGCAAAUUCUAAGAUUUUAUAACAAAACAUGUCACCUUUUUGUUUCUGUUUUUCCUUUUAUCGAUGUGUAGAUAUACCGGCAGAAAAUAUCGACAUGUAAACGUGACCAUGGAUCUAACUCUAAAUCUAUAUAAUGAUUAGAACCCUUACAAUAAAAAGAAGACAUUCU